GUCGUUGCGUGCGAGGGGGGCGACGUAAGGGCGCUCCGCGAGCCCGUCUCUCCUCGAAUGAAAGGAAACAACCUCCGGCGACAGAGCCCCGCUCCCAGGCGCUGCCGGAGAACCGACACCGACUUCUUUCUCUUUCCCCUCAUUGGCGCUUCUCCCCUGCCGUUCGCCUCUGGGCCCCGCCGCAUUUCUUGAGGCUUAAAGUGGCAUUCUAAAAGCAAUUUAAAAAUCAUGUCAAGCUCAGUUGAACAGAAAAAAGGGCCCACAAGACAGCGCAAAUGUGGCUUUUGUAAGUCAAAUAGAGACAAGGAAUGCGGACAGUUACUAAUAUCUGCAAACCAGAAGGUGGCAGCGCACCAUAAGUGCAUGCUCUUUUCAUCUGCUUUGGUAUCAUCACACUCUGAUAACGAAAGUCUUGGUGGAUUUUCUAUUGAAGAUGUCCAAAAGGAAAUUAAAAGAGGCACGAAGCUGAUGUGUUCUUUGUGCCAUUGUCCUGGAGCCACAAUUGGUUGUGAUGUGAAAACCUGUCACAGGACGUACCACUACCACUGUGCAUUGCAUGAUAAAGCUCAAAUACGAGAGAAACCUUCACAAGGAAUUUACAUGGUGUAUUGCCGAAAACACAAGAAAACCGCACAUAACUCUGAAGCAGCUGAUUUAGAAGAAAGUUUUAAUGAACAUGAACUGGAGCCCUCAUCACCUAAAAGUAAAAAGAAAAGUCGCAAAGGAAGGCCACGAAAAACCAAUUUUAAAGGGCUGUCGGAAGAUACCAGGUCUACAUCCUCCCAUGGAACAGAUGAAAUGGAAAGUAGUUCCUAUAGAGAUAGGUCUCCACAUAGAAGCAGCCCUAGUGACACCAGGCCUAAAUGUGGAUUUUGUCAUGUAGGGGAGGAAGAAAAUGAAGCCAGAGGAAAACUGCAUAUAUUUAACGCCAAGAAGGCAGCUGCACAUUAUAAGUGCAUGCUGUUUUCGUCUGGCACCGUCCAGCUCACAACGACGUCAAGGGCAGAAUUUGGAGAUUUUGAUAUUAAAACUGUACUUCAGGAGAUUAAGCGAGGAAAAAGAAUGAAAUGUACACUUUGCAGUCAGCCCGGUGCUACUAUUGGAUGUGAAAUAAAAGCCUGUGUUAAGACUUACCAUUACCACUGUGGAGUACAAGACAAAGCCAAAUACAUUGAAAAUAUGUCACGAGGAAUUUACAAACUAUAUUGUAAAAAUCAUAGUGGAAAUGAUGAGAGAGAUGAAGAAGAUGAGGAACGAGAGAGUAAAAGCCGGGGAAAAGUAGAAAUUGACCAGCAGCAACUAACUCAGCAGCAACUUAAUGGAAACUAGGUUCAUGGGACAGAGUUAGAAAACUGGGAAUUGAAUAAGACAUCCAUAACUACUAUGCUUUUUUCACUGUUUUCUAAAAUCAAAAAGGGUUUGUAACUUUUUACUGCCCAACUCUUAGAUCCUUCAUUGAACCGCCUAAAAACGUCUUUUGUUUGUUUUAUGAGCCUUCACUAGAUGGCAGAAUUUGACAUGUUGCUAUUACGUAGCUGUAGUUUGCAGUUUCUGGGAAGCAAUUGAAACACUAUUAACCCUGUGUUUAGUGUCGACAGUUAAAGCAGACAUUGAAAUGAAGUAAGCUAUAUUUCUGGACUGAACAAAGUUCUACUGUUUAGAGUGUCUAAGUUUGUUUAGUGGAUUCAUACUCAAGGGAGAGCAUAAGCAAAUUUCACUUUACAGUGCAAACACGCCUCUGGUGGCGACACAUGGGAAUUUGUGCUUUUUUUUUUUUUUUGCUUUUUUUUUUUUUCCACACUCAAGUAAUGGAUACUAGAAAUGAAGAGAACCUUCUUUUUCUCUUGGCUUUGACAGCACAUGCUAAAAAUCUCUUCCAAGAAGUGUGCUAAAGCUUUUCAUUUCGUCCCUGUUAAAGUUGUUCUCACUGACCAGCAUGCACUCGGGCAACUGGUGAUAAGUUAUGAGCUCCGGUGCGCCUCUGCCAAACUUCUCUUGACAGUAAACCUCUUCUCUUAUGUCAUACAAAGAACUUCUAGCAAAAUUAUUGGAUCCUCUCAAGUUGAAACUAACAUUUGGCAACAGCAAAUUGAACCUCUUUAAGAUGUAAAGGGUUACCACUCACUAAGGACUUCAGCCACCAUGUCGGAAAUCGGUUCCUCUCAAGUGCCGUGUGGUGUGGAACACUUCAUAUAUUGGCCCAGAGUAUGUAAGGAGGUCUCAUGUGCUGUAGGAGUCAAAAAGCAGCCUGCAGUAAACAGUAUUUAUUUUUAAUUUUGUGACCACUAUUUUAAAAAAAAAUUAUUUAAUAUUUUUAAUGUUUUCGUUCAUUGCUUUGCUUAUCUAUCAAAUAGGCUUUCGUGCCCUCCUUUUCUUCUGGUAGGGCCUGGUGUUGUUUUUUCAAUCAUCGAAGUUGUUUUUCGAAGCCUAAGAACCCAGCUGUUCAGAAAGGAUUUUCACACUGGCAUUCCCAGCUCGUGAUAUUUUCUCCCACUUACCUGCUGAAGCACAUUUAUAUAUUUCUUUAUGGCAAAACCAAAAAACUUUAGUUGUGGUCUGCCUAAUAUUACCAUAGCACCUCAAUAUUCAAAGGUAGGGCUUCUGAUUUCUGAAUUAUUAGUUAACCUACCACAUUAAAGCAAAUUAGCAAACAAGAGAUACCGUGUUAACUUGACUGUGCAUCGAGAUAUUCUGCAGCUUAUGGAAAAGCAUUUUUAAAAUGUAACAGGUGGAAAAUUACACUGUGCUUAAUGACUGAUUUUUUUUUUUUUUUAACCGCUAGUCCCUUAAGGUCACAUUUGUCGAGUGUGUAUUCACUUAAGUCAAGGGACUUGAUGAUUGCUUUAUUUUAACCAUCUUUUAUUAUUUUUAGAAGGAAACUAGCUUUAGUGGGGUUGCCCUAUAUGUUUUUCUCCUUUUGCUCUAAAUAUGCCAUUGGGUGUUUUUUUUUUUUUGUUUUUUUUUUUUUUAUGUUGUGUGUAUGUGAUGAAUUUUCAAAAUUCACCAUGACUUGAAGUGCAACGACAGAUCUAGAUGUUUGUUUACCAAGCUAUGUGACUUUUCCCAAAGGAUCUGUACUUUAUUUCCUUACAACAGCUUGAAACCUGUUAUUUUAAAUCUUUGAAUCACUGUGUCUUGAUCAUUUUUACAUGGUGUGCCAUACACUUACCCACGGAACAAUAGAGCACCUUCAUUUUUGGACAACUACUGUAAUGAUGUUCUUAGGAAAAAUGGAAGGUGCCGGGGUAAACAUGGCCAGUCGAUGAUCAUAUCAUGGACUUCAAAUACUUAGCUGUCAGUCGAUGGAUUUGCUAUGUAAUCAAGUGUAUACCUUUGUAUGGGUGUCUUCAACCCUUUCUCUGCCACUAGCAACCAGAAUAGCACUUUACCUUUUGGUUGGCUAGAAUAAGUGGCUGGCUACCUAUCUUUCUCACUGUGGUGUGAUUGGCUAAACAGUCUUUCGUUAAAAGUUGAAAUGAAAUGUAAAUUGAAGUCACAUGAAAAAUCACCUUUGGUUGUAAACCUCCGAUACUUUGAUUCUCCAUCCAUGUCUUCGUCACAUGCUGAGUAAAAAGUGCCUUACAAUGUAAAAAUUGUACAGUACUUAUGUUCCCAAGUAGCAGCAUCAUCUUCUGGGUAGUAAUUACAUUGUGGUAUGAAUAUUUAGAAAAAUGGACCUCAGCAGUGUAUUUACUGUUCAUCUCUUAAGUCCUUAACCGUAGUUUUAAUAAGCAUGACAUUAUUUGAUAAGUAUAUAACACGUACGUCAUUUCAAAAAAUACUGCCAUGACUGUCUUUUAUGCAUAUUUUAGCUUGAAAUUUUGAAGCGUCUUUUCUUUCCUUUUUUUCCCCCUCUGUUUUGUUUUGUUUUCGUUAUCGAUAUUCAACAGUGUAAUCUUUGCAAGCGUAUAUUGAAGAUUAUUCUGGAGCAUUUAUUGCCUUACCAGAACUGUUAGUAAGAAAUGUUCUUUAGAGUAGAAAGAUAGACUUGAGUUUCUAUACUUUAAUAAGAGCUCUUUGUUCCUGGGGGGAGGGGGAGGGGGUGUGAAUUUUACUUUUCAUCUCAAUUUAUUAAAAACCCACAGCUGAAAUACAUUUUAUUUCAAAGAUCAGCAAUUUUAGAAUUUCAGAUAGUACUUGCUCAGGAGUACGUGCUACUCAAGAUAUUAAGAGAAUAACAAGAUAUGUAGAUCUACUGUUGAAUCAGAAUCUAUGUACUUGAACAAAUGUGUGAAUCUUAAAUAUCUCAAAGAAAAAGAAAAGUGUUCUAGAAUGUUGUUGCUUUUUUGAAAAGCACUAAAGGUUAGACCAAGGUAUACAGUUUUGUUCUAACAGACAUUUAGGUUAACUGUAAAGAUAAGGAAUGCAUUAUGGGUCAAAAUCAAACAUUCCUCUCAUGUUAUGUAUAUUUUGUUCCUGUUAUAUUGGCUUUAUUUUCAAAAUUGUAGUUUGUAGUAUUAGUUUCCUUUUAUUGGUAUCCUUGCAUAUACUAUUCAUUCAAUAAAUGAGUUAUGACUUUCA